UAAACUGUAGGGACUAGUCAAAACUCAAAACUGUAAAAUAAAAAUCGGUAUAUCCAAAACAUUACCAGGGUAAUUUAUUAAUAUGUAUAAUUUUUAAAUUUGUAUAGUCAUUUAAGAAUUAAUUUUCGUUUAACGAUAAAAGUUUGUAAGUAAAAGUAGUCUCAUAAAAUAUUUUAUGAAAGGAAUUCAUAAGUUUGUUUUCAAUUUGUCAGCAAAAAUACAGACGUGACAUACUUAUAUUCGCGUUUAAUUUUAAAAUGUCUGCAAAAUUACCGAAUUCUCUUACUGGUCGUAAGUCAGUAUUUUGGGCUUAUGUAUUUUGGUUACUUGGUGGCCUGUUUGGGCUGCAUCAUUUUUAUUUACGUCGAGAUAAACACGCAUUCGUAUGGUGGUCUACACUUGGAGGAUUUGGUAUUGGGUGGUUGGGUGAAGUUUUUCGUAUACCACGGUAUGUUAGAGAAGCUAAUGAAGAUCCAGAAUAUAUUCAAGAUUUGGUAAACAGAAUGCGUCAAAAUAAAAAGCCUCCUUUUAGUAUGAAUCGCUUCACUGGAAUGUUGAUGGUUGGUUAUUCUUGGGCCCAACUGAUGAUGUUAGCUGUACCAACUGAUGAGUUUUGGGGCUUGAACUUGCGAUAUCUAAAUUAUCUAAUACCACUUGCCGCUGCUCUUGGUGUAUGGACAGUUGGUAAUAUAGGAAGAGAACAAGGCAGUUUUAAAUGGCCAUUGCUCGCCGCAUAUGCCACAUAUCCUGUUCGUUACUAUAUAUAUGAUGAAACAGUGUGGUGUACACUCAUGGUUCUGUCUUCUGCUCUUGUGUUUGACUCAUUUGCUAAAGAAUGGCGCCGGACUGCUCAAACAAAGAAGCAUGUUGCAAAGCGAGUAGCAGUGUUGGGUAUGUGUGUGUGCCUGUAUUUGUCAUUAUGGUGUGGCUACCUGUACUUCCAUGGUACCAUAACAGACAGUGAAGGUGACGAAAUACCAAUCUAUGAAGCACUACAUCACUUUUUCACAAGUCCUUGGUGGUUGGAUGUAAAGCAAUGCUUGUUGGAUACUUAUCAGUAUGCUCAGCAUCAUGGUUGGUAUGAAGUUUGGAAGCAAAUCAUAGACCUAUCAGAUCCUCAUGGCGAACAGAAUGCUUAUAAGGUGCUUGGUUUGGGUCCGGAUGCAACUCAACAGGAGAUCACAUCAACGUGGAGACGCUUAUCUCGGCAGAAUCAUCCAGAUAAAGUGAAAGAGCAACAUUUACGCCGUGAAGCUCAAGAAAAAUUCAUGGAAAUACAACAAGCGUACGAAAUAUUAUCGAAUAGCAAACAUAGACGAAACAGGCGUAAUAAAAAAGAUAAUUCUGAACCGACAUCUGGUACAAGACGAUAAUUAUAGUUGGGUCAUGUUUUGAAGCUUGUAGUACAGUAAACUAUCAACGAAAAUAUAACUCAUGAAUGUCAAAUGUUUAUCGGUAGUAAAAAUAAUAUAAUAUAAGUUGUAGUGAUAAAAAUAAUAAUAUAUUCAUAUUUAAUCAAUGGUUAUUUUUAAAAAUCUGCUCAAUCAGUAAUUAUUAGACUAGACUAUAUUUAUACUAUCUGUAUAAGUAGCUUUAAUGUGCAUUUCAAGAAAGCAAUUGUAUAAUGUUAUAACUUUGUGUUUAAUUGUAUCGGUUACUGAAAUAGCGGUUAAUGGAAACCGGAAAAGGGGUAGCUGUCGACGUAGCACACUUUCGGGUAGAUUCAUGUGCACACGACAUAUUGAAUUCUGAAGUAACAGGUAAAUACUAAUUUAUUGUCCAUCUAAUUUUUUAUACGAGCUAUUACUUGAUUAGUAUUUCUCUUUAAGAUCUCAUUUUACUGCGUUUAAUAAUUCCUUAAGCUUUGAAAUGCUUGUUUCUUGUUAUCUCAUUCCAGGGGAUCAUUUUGGUACUCAAAGUAACAAUAGUUGAUUAUAUAUUAGACACGGAAUUGUUGCACAAGUGGCAGUGUCCUUAACUAUUCCGUAGUAUGGGAGCAAUUGUCGCCAAAAGUCUCACAAUUGGAACUUUAAAUAUAUUUGAUUAAAUGCAUUAUAAUGCAUUGUGCAUUAAUGCCAGAAGUGAGAGUUAUCACUUUAAAACAUAACAGAUUGCAUUAUAAAUGCGUUUUUUGGCAUAAGCUUUUUUAUUGCUGUUCAAAAUUAAGUCUUAUUAAAUUAAAUAAAGAUAUUUUUCCAUCUAAGAAUCCAAUUCGAGCACAGAGUAACAAGUUCGGCCACUCAACGCUAGAGAACACUGACCAAAUUCCACCAAUUUAGCAUUCUUAUUACUUUAAAAUAAAUGUCAUUUUCACAUGCAUAGUUAAAGAUAUUGCUAAAAUUCUGGCCUGGAUAUUGAUAAAAUUCUGGAAAUUUCUACAGCAAUAGUCAAGGAUAGUGAUGACAACGAUCAAAUUUGGUUUUUGUUCGCAUCAAGUUUAUAAAUAUGGAUGGACUCAAGUUAUAUUAUUUAAGUUGUAUGCUUACUGUUGAGUCUGUGUGCCCUACUAUAUUUUUUGUAUGUAAAAAUUGCACAAUAAGGCAUGGUUGUAAUAUUUUUCUGUACGUUCGAGAUCUCAUGUCACAUACAGUACUUGACCGCGACUGAACUAACUAGGAAUGUUGUGGACCACCGCAUGUUGCUAUUCCCCUCGUGUUUUCUGUAGACCGUAACAUUCACGUUUGUUUCUGAAGGAACAGCGAAAAAUUUAUUUAGUGCUACUCUUAAAUUUUUCUACGUGUUAUUACUGUAUCAAUAUUAUUCUUAAAUACUGUGUCUCUUCUAGAUCUGAUUUUAUUCUAUCAAAAAAUUAAUUAUCCGGGGAUAAUUUUCGGUACUCUAAGUAACAUAUAUAUUUAUUAACAUCAAAGGUAUCGGGUAGUCAAAUAGUACACGAUAAGGAAGGAUUACAGAUAUAAACACUUGUGCAUGUGUUUUCAAAUUUCACGGGCAGAUCUUAAAAAAAGUAGGUACUUAUAAAAAUGACAAAAUACAAAGGGAGGAAGGAUAUUUCGAACAAAUAUUCGGUCAUAUGUUAGCAUUUUCAUGCAUGUACUAUCAAAAAAUUGAUUCAUGACACAUUUCUGAUAAUUCUUCUAAAAUCAUAAACACAGGUUCAUAUUUGCACGAAAAGGAUUAUAUGACAAUAAUUGUCAGUGUCUAAUAAAAUGAUUACUUGGAAAUUUAUGUUCAAGCGAAUUUCGACCUAAUUGUUUAUUAUGACUAGGAAAAUGACAAUAAGGUCACAAUUCAACUUGUCGAUAAUAUUAAGUCUUAUUAUCCCACCCACUGCCUUUUCUCUAACUGACUCAUUUAGACCCUAUUUUAAUCAUUUAAUCUGAAAAUAUUGAUUACAUUGUAAAGGUGUCGCAUUUAUAUUUAUUAUUUAUUCUUAGUUUUAAUUUAUUUAAUAUAAUUGUAUAACCUCAUUAAGUGUUUUAUAAAAUUGUACGAAUAAUACAUUCCCUUUAUGACUGCUCUACCAAAACUUGUUUUUGUAAUUUUUGAUUUGGUUUAGAGAUCGAAUAUAGAUACUUAAGGUUGGCAAUAUAAAUUAAAAGAUAUUGACGUAACACAAACAACUAGACACCCAAUCGCAUAUUAAAUGGUAUACAUUAACUUACACAGAUUACAUUAAAACAUUAAUUCAAACUAAGAUGUUAUUUCGUGGCAGUAAUGUUAAAAUUUGUAUUACGCUUAUUGAAAGUAGUAACACUACGUCACGCGUGAAACGGACGUGAACACGAGGCAACAAGUUUUGUUUUAUUUAGCAAAAUUAUUACUAACGACAAGUUAGUUACAUGAUUUUGUUAAUUACCGGAAAUACCACUCCAUCCUCCAUCGUUUCGAUAUGCUUUUAUUUGGGCUGUUUUACACUUCAUUGCAUGGCGUUGUAUUCAAAGCGCGAUCAAAACACAUCUGAACGAAAACUCUGCCCAAUAGAUGCGUAGGCAGAGUUUUUUUUCAGACAAUUUUUGAGCGUGAUUCUGAGUCUUGUUGUUUAUUGUACGUCGAUGUAAAAAAAAAAUUGUGGUUUAUCAAUUGUACUUAUUAAUUAUAUUUAACUAAAAUUAUAAUAAUGAAUGAUAUAAGAAUAUUGUUUAUUGCUAUUUCUUUUUGUCUAAAUAGAGAGGCAUAAAUCAGGAUCAGAUUUCUGAUUAUAUUCAAUUUUAUAGUUGCAUUUGUGUAAUAAUGAGUUUUUUACAAAUAGUAUUUACUGAACGUUGUAACGUUUUUUAAUAAUUUUUAAUUUUUAUUAUAUUCCGUCCUCUUUUCAUUUUUUUUUUAACUUUUAUUGUAAUGAAUUUGAUAUACCUAAUAAACUUUAUUCAACAUA